AGACCAGAAAUAGUGCAUGUCUAGAAACAUUCGAUGACAAUUCAGUUGGACUUAAAAUACAACUCAUACUGAAUGAACGUGUUUAUUUCUAUCCAGCUUGUUUUAACUGUGAGAUAUAGCGCGAUAUUCACCAACACGCCCGUUGCUAACAAUAAUAUGCUACCCUGUCAUACAACCGCUUUCACUUGUCUAACGUCAUGGAACACCAGCAGUUGUGACUCUCCCGUCAGCUUUCAGGUGACCCCCUUGAUAACUUGGAGACGGGUCGAAGCUUGAAACUUGAGUCAAUCUAUUUACCAAUAUUGUCUGCAUGGUGACAGACUUAGCCGGACGUCUCUCUACCCGCUCCCCUCCCCCCAUCGCCACCACCCCACCCACGGCUCCGACUCGUCAGUUGUGUGAUCUGGUGUAUAAUCGACAGUGUUAUUACAUAGCUUCAUUGUGUUGUAGGUACAUACUGGACGCGGCUGAGUGAUUUGACAAGUUAUUUCAUUGGCGGUAUUGUCACUUUAAUUCGGAGCUCAAGAACCAGAAAGGGAAUAACUGGGUAUUCAUAUCAAGUCUACAGCCACAGUGCCCGGACAAUGUGAAUUAGUCGCCUAGCCACUUUCUAUUUACACAUGUGUCAUAACUUUAACUAUCUUGAGGAUUACCGCCGUGGCCUAGUCUACUUGUGUGUUCAAGAACUGUGUGUCAUGUGAUCGGAGUCUACCUGUCAACAGUGGUCGUGCUAUCGGAGUACACAACACGGGAAGAUAUAGUUAUACAGCUCCUUCGAUUCCAGUUUAUUGAGAAUUAGUCCAGCAACGCGAUGGUGUGUAUAAUGGCCACAAAGGCACAUCAGUCAAACCAAUAACUGUCAUACAAGAUUGAUAGACCAAUAUCAACAUGCGACCACAGUCGGCAUCGGCGCUCUUGCGGGGGCCACCGCUGUGCCUGAGUGACGUCAUGAAGAUGGGGUACCUACAGCAGGUGCGUGACCUUGUCGAUCUCGGCAUGGACAUCGACAGCAGGGACGUGGACGGUAAGACCCCGUUGAUGUUGUGUGCGUUGAUGGAACCAGAGUCUUGGGGGACUGGGAUAGCGAGACAUCUGAUAGAAAAUGGCGCCGAUUUGAAACUGAGGGAUAAGGCUGGUUUAAACGCUCUACAUUAUGCAUGUAUAUAUGAACGGGAUGCGUUGACCAAGGUGUUUCUUCAUGCCAUUGACUUUGAUUUGAACCAAGCUGAUAAGCAUGGCAAUACGGCUCUACACUACUGUGUACAGUCGGGGAAUGUGGAGAUGGUGAAGCUGCUUGUUGAACAUCUCCAGAGAUACGGACUGUCCUUGGAGAUGGAGAAUAGGGCGGGUGUAUCCGCGCGCAGCCUGGCACAGAAGCUGCCCUGGAUGGAAUGUGUCCAGCUUCUGACGGAGCGUGAGAAGGAGGUGGAGGAAGAGGAGGAAGAGACGCACACUGAAAUUGAGAAGUAUGAGGUGAGAAGCGAGAGGAAUGAAAUGGACGAUGUGAGAAGCCAGAAGGAUGAGACGUACGGGGCGAGCAGCGAGAAAAGUGAGAAGUGCGAGAUAAGAAGUGAAAAGAUUGAGAAGUACGAGGCAAGAAGCGAGAAGAACGAGAAGUACGAAGUAAGAAGCGAGAAGAACGAAAAGUAUGAUGUUAGAAGCGAGAAGAGUGAGAAAUGCGACAUAAGAAGCGAGCAGAAUGAGAAGUACGAGGCACGAAGCGAGAAGAAUGAGAAGUGUGAGGUGAGAAACGAGAAGGGUGAGAAAGAUGAAAUAUCCAGUGAGAAAAGUGAAAAAUGUGAGUUGUCAAGUCAGAAGAGUGUUUUGAGUUUGUCACUCACAGAGAGUAACUUGAAGUCAUUUUCCGAGGAGGCUUCGUCAAUGCCUCAACCUCAACGUCCCAAAACGGCAUUACUGAAACGUCGCCGUGCGUCAUCUGUGAGUUCUGCGUCAAGUCUGUCAUCAGGGGGACGGAGUCAGGCAAGCACGAAGAGCACACCGAGGAACAAAACACCGAAACGAUGCCUUUUACCAAAUGCAAAGAAUGAGGACAGCAUUAUCAGAUGUGUCAGUAUGUCUGAUUUCCGCAAGACCAAAGAGUACGUGUUUAAGCUGACCGCUGUGCCUUACGAUGAACUCGAAAUGGAGCGAGGCCUUCCUUCCAUCCGGCGACCUCAGUCAGCAUGGACUCCGAGACGGGAGGCCGCAUAUCAGACAGACACAGAACCAUUCAGUUGGAGAACGGAAUUCAAAAAGCUUUAUGUUGAAUACGAGUUUCAGUGUUCGCCAUCGUGGCGUGAUGCUGCGAAAACCAUUGCGGAUCAAUUACCGCUGACCCCGCCUUCACCACUUCCACAACCGGAAGAAGCGGAAGAAGACAAGGUCAAGGACAGAAAAGGGAGGCGAUCGAGUUUGGUUAAAAGUCAACUUUCCGUGGAAUCGUUUAAAGACAAACGGCGUGCAUCUGGAAACAUUAAGCUUCGAAAACUGUCGACCUCCGGAAUUCCCACCCCCCACAUGAAGGGCAUGGAUGGAGCUCUGGCAUCCAGCUCCGAAUCUCUCAACAGCAGCAACUCCUCGAAGAAAAAAGAUGGACUCAGCAGUAAAGGUGAUAUCACUGCAAGCAAGAACCACAAAAUGACACCGCCCGAUAAAGACGUCUCAGUGAAAGGACCGAAGAACGCGUCGUUGUCGAUCCCCGCUGUCACGGAGACGUUAGUAGGAGACUCCGAUAACGACAACGCAUCAGACGGGGCAUUAACUGACAGCAACCGACUUUCUGUUCUCAGUGAUAUAGACGAGGACUCGUAGUAAAGGUGUUAAUUUCAAUGUUAUUUUCAAUGGACCUCUUAAAUACGAAUUCAUCAACUCUACGAAAGAACGGUGUUAACACUAAUCUAUUUAUCCACUGACGUUAUUAGACGGUGAAACAACAAGUCUCUCAUGUAUAUGUACGGAAUCCUGUUCUAAGGAAUGUUUGAAACAUUUGUGUGUGGAUUCUGCAACUUUGACUACGCCCCAUUAUUCCCCCCAUUGUCUGAAGAGGGACGAUCAGGUUCAGGUUGCGUUGCAGCGCCAUAUUGUGUCACAGCGCCAUCUAUCGUCAUUAUGUUAUCCACUGGUAGGUGGGGUUCAUGAAACCUUUCCCGUACUGUUAUUCACUAACUAUGAAACGUGUCCUGUGCUGUUAUCCUCUAUUUAUGAAACGUUUCACGUACUGUUAUCCACAAGCUAUGCAACGUUUCCUGUACUAUUAUUCGCGACUUAUGAAACGUUUCCUGUACUGUUAUCCUCUAUUUAUGAAACAUUUUCUGUGCUGUUAUCCACUACCUAUGAAACGUGUCCUGUGUUGUCUUCCUCUAUUUUUGAAACGUUUCACAUACUGUUAUUCGCGACUUAUGAAACGUUCCUGUAGUUAUUCGCGACUUAUGAAACGUUUCCCAUACCGUUAUCCAUUACCUAUGAAACGUUUCCUGUACUGUUAAUCACGACUUAUGAAACGUUUCCUGUACUGUGAUCCUCUAUUUAUGAAACAUUUUCUGUGCUGUUAACCACUACCUAUGAAACGUGUCCUGUGCUGUCUUCCUCUAUUUAUGAAACGUUUCACGUACUGUUAUCCACUAGCUAUGAAACGUGCCCUGUACUGUUAUUCAUGACUUAUGAAAUGUUCCUGUACUGUUAUCCUCUAUAAAUGAAACAUUUCACGUACUGUUAUACACUAGCUAUGACACGUUUUAUAUACUCGUAUCCACUACUUGUGCCAAGAACAUCUAUGGAAAACAAUAUUUCCAGUGGUCAUAUCCCCGUGGCAGAAACAAAAGAAUAUAAUUUAAUACAUUAAUAUAUGAUAACACUUAUAUACUGGCGAUAGUGACAAAAAUAUAUACGCAUUUAAUAUUUUCAUUACGGAAGCAACGUAAUAUUAUGCAAAUUUAUAUUAUUACUUGUAUUGUCAAGGUCAAUGUAAGAUUCUACUCUGUCAUUCGCUGCCAGAUUUAUUUGAUUAAAUCCGCUGAAAGCCGUUUCCAACUCAGCGCGUCACUCUCUUUACUUUAAAGAUCGAGACAUUAGAGGCACGCGUGUAUAUGCAUAUAUGCUAUCUAUAAAAUAUUUAUAACGGUAACACCGGUUAAAUCUUCUUUAUGCUAAUUACACACUAGUAUCUGUGAUACUGCUAGACAUAUUUAUAUAAAUUAUUGUUUUCCAUUCAGUAUUAACUGUUAACAAGUAGCAAAAUUAUUACUUUUUACAUGAAAUAGUCAUAGAGAUACCAAGGAUUCGUUUUCUUGAGAAAGUAAAUCGUUUUAACAGCUGCA